AGAAUAGAUCCAGUUCAUAAUUAUCUGGAAAGAUUUCCCAAGUGAUUGGCAGACAAAGAUACUAUCGAUCAAACUAGAAAUCUUAUACCUAAUUAAUAACAAUCUAUUGUACUUACAAUUAUUUUAUUAUAUUUAUUCUCACCCUCCUUGGAAGACUAUAUCCAUACACUCACGAUAAGUGCUGCCAGCCUGAGAAGAUUAUGUCCGUGCGAAGACAUGUUUGGCCCUCCACAAUAAAACAGCAAGAAAUUAUUUUCCUAUUUCCUUUCUGUUCUUGUUUCAGCUCUAUUAUUUCUCAAAAUCGUAUGGCAUUAAAAACUUGGGAGAAAUAGGAUUUGGCAUCCUGCAGCGGCUGUACUUUACUGUGUCUGCUGGGAUUAUUAACCAAUUAAAGGAAAGAAUCGAAGAUCUAUCCAUAUCGAUCGGGAUAACUGAUGUUAAUAUGAUCCAGAAUUUCAUUUGAUCCGCCAUUGAUGGAUUCUUCGUUUUGCAUUGCAUAGUCUGGAGCCGAUGGUUGAUGAGAGAUGUAGAGAUGGCCGGUCUGUCCGCUAUAUAAGCAGCAGAGAUGGGUGUGGUGGUAAAUUGAUGGUAUGGUUUUGCGGGCUUUUUCCCGGCCGAGAGAAACGGCGUGCGCGGAGAAAGAGGCGCCGGUGUUCGACGCCGCCGUGCUCAGCGUGCAGGCCGACAUUCCCGCGCAUUUCGUGUGGCCGGAGGAGGAGAAGCCGAAGCCGGAGGCGCAGGAGGAGCUCGUGGUCCCGCUGAUCGACCUCGGCCAACUGCUAUCCGGCGACGCGGCGGCGGCCUCGGCCGUGACGCGGUCGGUGGCCUCGGCUUGCGAGCGGCAUGGGUUUUUCCAGGUGGUGAACCACGGCAUCGACGCCGAGCUGCUGGCGGAGGCGCACCGCUGCGCGGAUGUCUUCUUUCAGAUGCCUCUCCCGGAGAAACAGAGAGCGCAGCGUCGUCCCGGAGAGAGCUGCGGCUACGCCAGCAGCUUCACCGGCCGCUUCGCCAGCAAGCUCCCCUGGAAGGAGACUCUCUCCAUCCACUUCUCGCCCACGCUCGCCGGCGGAGGCGACGUCGUCCUCAACUACUUGAUCACCACAUUGGGCGAAGAAUUCCGGCAGUUCGGGGAGGUGUACCAGAGUUACUGCGAGGCGAUGAGCAAGUUGUCGUUGGAGAUCAUGGAGCUGCUGGGGUUGAGCCUUGGAGUGGACCGGCGACACUUCUGUGAUUUCUUCGCCGACAACGACUCCAUAAUGCGGCUCAACUACUACCCGCGGUGCCAGAAGCCGGAGCUGACUCUUGGCACCGGACCGCAUUGCGACCCUACUUCCCUCACCAUCCUUUUCCAGGACCAUGUACAGGGCCUCCAGGUCUUCUCCGACGGCCGCUGGCGCACCAUCCGCCCCACCCACAACGCCUUCGUCGUCAACAUCGGCGACACCUUCAUGGCUCUGUCGAACGGGCGGUACAAGAGCUGCCUGCACAGGGCGGUGGUGAACAGCGAGACGCCACGGAAGUCGCUGGCGUUCUUCCUCUGCCCCGCGAACCACCGGGUGGUGCGGCCGCCGGCGGAGUUGGUGGACGCGGAGCACCCGCGGGUCUACCCGGACUUCACCUGGCCGACCCUGCUCCAGUUCACGCAGAAACACUACCGAGCCGACAUGAAGACGCUCGACGCCUUCACCGCUUGGAUUCUCCGGCCCCCCGCCGCGGCCGCUCUGUAAUGCGGCGGAGAUGGACGCCGCCGGAUUUCAUUUUUGGUUGUGAGUACGAAUUAAGCUAGCUAAAGCCAAAAAUCUCUUCCGAUCUCUGUGAGGAGAACAACAAAAGACAUUGCAGAGUGAAAUUAAAAUUAAUAUGAUUACUACCACAAAAAAGGACGAUGGAUUUGCAAUCUUCUUUAACACAUUAACAUAAUUAAAUCUUG